AUGCAAUCAGGGCGCGGGUUUGACCAGGAGACCUUCUCGGAGAAGGACGAGAGCGCCGUAUGCCACUACAACAGCGACGGUGUGGAGCCGGAGAGAGCAUUUGGCGGCCUGAAGACUCUCUGGGACCUGGACCAUCCCAGUAUGCCUCACCCUAGGAGUAACGCGGCGAUUGUCAUACUGGGCCGUAACGUAUGGGCUAUCGGGGGCCUGAGCUACAACAAGGGCACCAGUGUCAAACUCGUGAGCUACUACGACAUGAAGAGGAGGCGGUGGCGAGAGGCGUUUCCUUUGCCCGAGGGACAUUUCUCCAACUUGGACGGCGUGCUCCUGCAGAUCCCUGUCUCCAACAAGGACUUCUGCUUCGUAGACAGAUUCAUCUAUGAUCGGUGGAUCAUGUGGUGACCGAGUUGCUUUGGAAAUAGAUAGACCGACGUGACGGAGUUAAUUUUGAAAUGUGUAUGAUGAGCUGACCGAGUUACGUUAGAAAAUGUAUGCGGUGACCUAGUUACUUUAGAAAUAGACCAAUGUGACGGACUUUACCUUUGAAAUAAUAUGUUAUGUGAGGUGACUGAGUUACCUUUGAAAUACAUGGAUUACGAGGUGAUCAAGUUAUUUACUUACUUGGUUGGAGAAUAGGCAUCAUUGCAGCACAAUGUAUUAGCUGCUCCUCCCUCCUCUCCAGGAU